CUUUUUAUUCUCUUUAUCUCUGUGCAUAACCCAAUGACAAGAACAACACUAGUCACCAACUUAUUAUAACUCUUCAUCCAUUUUCUCUCUCUCAAAGUCACCCCCCAAAUUUUUUUAUUUUUUUUUUUAACUUUGAAUGUGACUCAGGAUAGAGAGAGGGCGAGACAGAUAAAGAGAGCUUGAGGAAGGAUUUAAGCAGAUCUGCAAGAAACACUCUCUCAGGUAAGGUGAGAACUCUAAAAUAUGAAUUUACUCAUUUGACUUCUGAAUUGUGAAAGUUUGUUUGUUUGGUUUUAAAUUUCCAAAGCUUUUCUUUUGAUCAAUUACAUGUUCAUUGCAUGUGAUGUGAGCAUGAUCUCUUAUCUGGAUAUAAGAUCUUCUCCUUCUUCUGCUUAUGGAAAGAAAAAAACAUCAGUUUUAUCGAAAGUGCAACUUAUGAUUUGAUCACAAUUCUUUUUCUCUCUGGUGUUUACUUUUUUUCCGUAGAAUCAAACCGGCGGCGACAGUGACGGCGGCGAAAAGCGGCGGUGUUGGCCGCAAAAACGAUGCAAAACCAGCUAUGGUCAUUACCGCUAACGAUUUAUCAAAAUGGGAAAAUUUUCCUAAAGGACUUAAGGUUCUUCUUCUCCUCAACGGCUGUGACAGCGACGGAGAUGGCUCCUCAGCCGCCGAGACUCGAUCAGAGCUCGAAUCAAUGGACUAUAUCGUUACUACAUUCACCGAUGAAACUGAAGCACUCUCUGCGGUUGUCAAGAACCCGGAGAGCUUCCACAUUGCCAUCGUCGAGGUGAAUAUGAGCGCUGAGAGUGAGAGUUUCAAGUUUCUUGAGGCUGCCAAAGACGUUCUUCCUACUAUAAUGAUUUCAACCGAUCAUUGCAUCACUACUACAAUGAAAUGCAUAGCGCUUGGUGCAGUUGAGUUCCUACAAAAACCGCUCUCACCGGAGAAAUUAAAGAACAUUUGGCAGCAUGUUGUUCAUAAGGCAUUCAAUGAUGGUGGAAGUAAUGUUUCGAUAUCACUUAAGCCAGUGAAAGAAUCCGUUGUCUCGAUGCUUCAUCUUGAGACCGACAUGACAAUCGAGGAGAAAGAUCCAGCGCCAUCAACACCGCAAUUGAAACAAGAUUCACGGUUACUAGACGGUGAUUGCCAAGAGAACAUAAAUUUCUCGAUGGAAAAUGUAAAUUCCUCGACCGAGAAAGAUAACAUGGAAGAUCAUCAAGACAUCGGUGAAUCUAAAUCAGUCGACACUACAAACCGCAAAUUAGAUGACGACAAAGUGGUUGUCAAAGAAGAGAGAGGAGACAGUGAAAAAGAAGAAGAAGGUGAAACCGGAGAUCUCAUAAGCGAGAAGACAGAUUCAGUUGAUAUUCAUAAGAAAGAAGAUGAGACUAAACCGAUUAAUAAAUCAUCCGGGAUCAAGAACGUGUCUGGUAACAAAACUAGUCGAAAGAAGGUGGAUUGGACACCAGAGCUGCACAAGAAGUUUGUGCAAGCAGUUGAGCAACUCGGCGUUGAUCAAGCGAUACCCUCGCGGAUUCUUGAGUUGAUGAAAGUAGGCACCUUAACAAGACACAAUGUAGCUAGUCACCUUCAGAAAUUUCGGCAGCAUAGGAAGAAUAUUCUUCCAAAGGAUGAUCAUAACCAUAGAUGGAUACAAUCUAGAGAGAACCAUAGACCAAAUCAACGUAAUUAUAACGUUUUUCAACAGCAACACCGUCCCGUGAUGGCUUAUCCCGUUUGGGGUCUUCCCGGUGUUUAUCCGCCAGGAGCGAUUCCACCUUUGUGGCCACCGCCGCUGCAGUCCAUUGGUCAACCACCUCCGUGGCAUUGGAAACCACCUUAUCCAACGGUGAGCGGUAAUGCAUGGGGUUGUCCGGUUGGACCGCCUGUGACCGGAUCAUAUAUUACUCCUUCGAAUACUACCGCCGGCGGAUUUCAAUAUCCCAACGGAGCUGAAACCGGCUUCAAAAUAAUGCCGGCGAGUCAGCCGGUUAGUGUCAACAAUUCUCUAUUUUCUUUUUAAGACAUAAAAAUUCCUAAUUAAUUAAUAAAAAAUAAAAUUUGCCGGGUCGGGUUGCGAUGUAAAUGGGUCGGGUCAGGACGAGGAAAUGUUAGAUCAAGUGGUUAAAGAAGCGAUAAGCAAACCGUGGCUGCCGCUACCGCUCGGGCUAAAACCGCCGUCCGCGGAGAGCGUUUUGGCUGAGCUAACGCGUCAAGGCAUCUCAGCCGUCCCUUCUUCUUCUUGUCUAAUCAACGGCUCUCAUCGUCUCCGCUGACGUGUCCAUGAUGAAACAGAACCCGCAGAUAUGAUGACGUCAUGCGUGGCGUACUUGUCCGUGUCUGACGAUCCGAAGCGGGAACUGAUUCGGAUCCUGAGAGUUGUUUUUUAAUUGUUGUUUUUAAUUUUUUGUUGUCAUAAAAACAUUUGUCUCUAUUGGUAUUAUUAAAGAAGAUCGGACGGUGGAGAUAGAGGCAACGAUGUUAGUCUGAGGACCACAAGUGGACUCUGCGGCUGUAAGUAGAUCUCGGACACGGGAUUUUGACAAGUCGGAAUCUGACGUGUGUGCGUACUCGCUUUUGUGGGUUGUCGAGAAUUUAAUAGUUGACACUGUUUUAGGUGGAUAUGAGAUAUGAUGAUGAUAAUAAUAAAAAGGUACAACUCAAAGAUUCCGUGAUGACAUUUUGUUCUUUUUUUCUAUAAAUUCCAAGAUACACACAACAACAACAACAACAAAUAUACAUCUUUUCUUUUCUUUUUUUGCCAAGAACAAAUAUACACUUAUUCACAUCGGACAUAAAAUGUUUUACAUUACUUAGAUGUGUUUGGAUUUCUAUUUUUAACUUAUGUGAUACAUACUGAUUGCGUUAUACAAAGCACAAGAAAGUGCUAACAAAAUUAUCGAAGUAGACAAAUAGAGAGACUACGUUUUAUAUUGGGCCUAAAAAGAAGAUGUUCAGAAUUGGGCCUCGUUGAUGACUUUAUCGCAGCAUAAUGUCCAGGGGAUAACAUUUUCAGAAGAUAUCAAGAGAAAAGAGUAAUGAGUAUGACAAUAUAAGUGGAAAUUUAUUAAAAUUCGGUAAAAUGUAUACCAAAAAGAAAAAUCAGAAGAUCCUACGAGCUAGAAAACAAACAAAUAUUGCAAAUAUAAUAUCUGAAACCAAGUGGAU